CACGUCUCCGACCCAAACCCAACCCUGCUGCGCUUUAUUUCGAUCAUUCGCCUUAGCUUCGGCCCUUCGGUGGAGAGAAAAGAUGGCGAUGACCGUCGAAGUGUAAGCUCAAGAUUCUGAUACCAUGAAUUUUUCUUGUUAACCGUGUGACAAGUACUAUUUACCUCACUCUUGUUAAAUGCAGGCUUGCUGGCCUUGCUUUUAUGUUCUCGGCUAGCAUCUUAUUGCAAAUUCUGGCAUGCGCUUUAUACAACAAUUGGUGGCCUAUGUUAUCAGCACUCAUGUAUGUGGUAUUGCCGAUGCCAUGUCUGUUCUUUGGAGAUGGUUCAACACGUUUCCUGACUAGCAGGGAAGGAGGGGGCUGGAUUAAUGCUGCUAAGUUCUUGACUGGGGCAUCAGCUGUGGGGAGCAUCGCAAUUCCAGCAAUCCUGAGGCAUGCCCACCUAAUUGAGACAGGAGCCAUGUUAAUAGAAUUCACAUCUUUCUUCAUCCUUGUUUGCACUGUUCUUUGUUUCCAUCGUGUUAGUCUUGAUGAAGACUUCUAAAUCUGUACUUGAGUCCAAUGACAGAAAAACACUAGAACCAUGUUCCAUGUAUCAGUGACUCAGGUCGACAAUGUACCCAAUUUUUAGCAGCCAGAGAGCCUGUUCAAAACUUCAUCAUCAAAUUAUCAUGGUGAUUGCAUCAACUAA